ACAGCACCUCUCCGCCCGCCUCGUCCCCACCUAAUCCGACCGGAGAGUAGAAGAUUUCCCAAAUUAAGUGGAGGAGAGGGGGAGGCGGAUUAUCGAGAGAAGGCGAGAGGAGCGGUGGCAACUGGGAAUAUCCUGCCCAACGCCGGAGAAUUGACUGAGGCGUCUGUGGGGUUUCAGAAGAAAACUGAAUAGGCAGCCAAGUUGGCCGAGGAGGGCCCGGGAGGCUUCCGGGCGCCAGCAAGGUUGCCCCCAUCUCCGUUUCCACAGGCGUGAAGGUUUGGAGGCGCCUCCACUUGUGAGGGCUUUUUAAACCGCCACCCCCUCCCGGUCUCAUUGAAAGGAAAAGCUGGCAGAGCUGAGGCGGGGUAAGUCAAGGAAAAGCCCCUGGACUUGUGUGCGUCUCACCCUUGGCUUUGGAUUUUAAGGACAUGAAGGAGGACUAACAGCGCCUGAAGGAAAUCCACUGGAGAUGGUUUCAAGAUGUAGAAUCCUUAUAUGUGAAGUAUCCCAAAUGAAGUUGGAGCAUCUGCGUUGAAAGUGCUUCAUGUUGUGGAAUUGAAGAGUGCCACUGGAAAGCUGCAUCAUGAGCUGUUUGGGCUUCUAAAGUGUCCAGUGGAUUUUUAAUCACAUGAGCUUAAAAAUAGGAUUAUGAGAAGAGGCUGAGAGUGGAACACCAGAAGUGGCCACCAGCAGCAUGAAGAGCCCAGCAAUCCAAACUGGUAAAAUGAGCAAAACAGAAUGCAGCUUCCAAGGUUCGUUUCAAGCAUUUGGUUUGUGGGACUCUGAGAGACACUGUUGCCCAUGACAUGUUGGAACUAUCAUGAUCAACUACCCAGUUUGGAUUUCACCCACUGGCCAAGAGCUUUGCGUAGUAGACGGCAAGGGUUGGAUUUUUAAAAAGAGUAAACCAGGCCUGUGACCAAGGUGUAGACUAAGAAGUGGAGUCAUGCUUCACACGGCCAUAUCAUGCUGGCAGCCAUUCCUGGGUCUGGCUGUGGUGUUAAUCUUCAUGGGAUCCACCAUUGGCUGCCCUGCUCGCUGUGAGUGCUCUGCCCAGAACAAGUCUGUCAGCUGCCACAGAAGGCGGUUGAUCGCCAUCCCAGAGGGCAUUCCCAUUGAGACCAAAAUCUUGGACCUCAGUAAAAACAGGCUGAAAAGCGUCAACCCUGAAGAAUUCAUAUCCUAUCCUCUGCUGGAGGAGAUAGACUUGAGUGACAACAUCAUCGCCAAUGUGGAGCCAGGAGCAUUUAACAAUCUCUUUAACCUGCGUUCUCUCCGCCUGAAAGGCAAUCGCCUCAAGCUGGUCCCUUUGGGGGUAUUCACGGGGCUGUCCAAUCUCACCAAGCUUGACAUUAGUGAGAAUAAGAUUGUCAUUUUACUAGACUACAUGUUCCAAGACCUACAUAACCUGAAGUCUCUAGAAGUGGGGGACAAUGAUUUGGUUUAUAUCUCUCACAGGGCCUUCAGUGGGCUACUUAGCUUGGAGCAGCUCACCCUGGAGAAAUGCAACUUAACAGCAGUACCAACAGAAGCCCUCUCCCACCUGCGCAGCCUCAUCAGCCUGCAUCUGAAGCAUCUCAACAUCAACAAUAUGCCUGUGUAUGCCUUUAAAAGACUGUUCCACCUGAAACACCUAGAGAUUGACUAUUGGCCUUUGCUGGAUAUGAUGCCUGCCAAUAGCCUCUAUGGUCUCAACCUCACGUCCCUUUCGAUCACCAAUACCAACCUGUCCACUGUACCCUUCCUUGCCUUUAAACACCUGGUAUACCUGACCCACCUUAACCUCUCCUACAAUCCCAUCAGCACUAUUGAAGCAGGCAUGUUCUCUGACCUGACCCGCCUUCAGGAGCUUCAUAUAGUGGGGGCCCAGCUCCGCACCAUUGAGCCUCACUCUUUCCAAGGGCUCCACUUCCUACGCGUGCUCAACGUGUCUCAGAACCUGCUGGAAACACUGGAAGAGAAUGUGUUCUCCUCCCCUAGGGCUCUGGAGGUCCUGAGCAUUAAUAACAACCCACUGGCCUGUGACUGCCGUCUCCUCUGGAUCUUGCAGCGACAGCCCACCCUACAGUUUGGUGGCCAGCAGCCCAUGUGUGCUGGCCCAGACACCAUCCGUGAAAGGUCAUUCAAGGAUUUCCAUAGCACUGCCCUUUCUUUUUACUUUACCUGCAAAAAACCCAAAAUCCGUGAAAAGAAGUUGCAGCAUCUGCUAGUGGAUGAAGGGCAGACGGUUCAGCUAGAAUGCAGUGCUGAUGGAGACCCGCAGCCUGUGAUAUCCUGGGUGACACCCCGAAGACGUUUCAUCACCACUAAGUCCAAUGGUAGAGCCACAGUGUUGGGUGAUGGCACCUUGGAAAUCCGCUUUGCCCAGGAUCAAGACAGCGGGAUGUAUGUUUGCAUUGCUAGCAAUGCUGCUGGGAAUGACACCUUCACAGCCUCCUUAACUGUGAAAGGAUUCACUUCAGAUCGCUUUCUUUACGCAAACAGGACCCCUAUGUACAUGACUGACUCCAAUGACACCAUUUCCAAUGGCACCAAUGCCAAUACUUUUUCCCUGGACCUUAAAACAAUACUGGUGUCUACAGCCAUGGGCUGUUUCACAUUUCUGGGAGUGGUUUUAUUUUGUUUUCUUCUCCUUUUUGUGUGGAGCCGAGGGAAAGGCAAGCACAAAAACAGCAUUGACCUUGAGUAUGUGCCCCGAAAAAACAAUGGUGCUGUUGUGGAAGGGGAGGUGGCUGGACCCAGGAGGUUCAACAUGAAAAUGAUCUGAGGGUCCACCACUCACACUACUGUCUCUUUGUCAUUGUUGGUUUCAGUAAGACAGUCUGGCACAAUAAAUUACUAGGUUAGGAGGCAGCUUCGUGCAGCUGCCCCCAUAUCAAAGCAGGGUUCGUGGAAACAGAAGGACUUCUUGUGGAGACUUUCCAUCUAGAGGCAGGCAGACCUGUGUUAGAGUCCUUCACACAGUGGGAUACUAAUUGUUUGCAUUGCAAAUAUUGGCAUUCUGGGGAUCUCAGUAAUGAACUUGAACCUUUGGCUCAUGCUCAUGGACAAUUAUUCAGCAUUUUCUACCACUGCAAAAACAAAAGAAAAAAUAAAAAAGAACAACCUACAGUGUAGGAUUUACAUAUUAAAAAGACACAUUUGUCUAAAACAUACUCUACAGAAAAAUUUGUAUCUAUAAUUAUCAUUUGUUAAAGCCUUGCAUCAUACCAUAUUGUUGGUUCAGCACCACAAAGAGGUCAAUAUAUUCUUUACUUUUCUUUUUAAAACAUAUAUGCUGUAUGUGUUUUAAAGCAAUAUGAAUGAGAGGUUGUGCUUUUAGUUACUCACCACUAUAGAUCCCAGUGUGAUUUCACCUUCCUUUGCCUACAGAUAACCCUGAGACUAGAUCCCUGGAGUUAUGGGAGGAGAUAUGUUGAGAGGCGUGUUUGUCUGAUUUAGGAUGCCAAGAAACAGGACCCAAGGCAAAACUGCUCAACUCUGUUAACUUAUGUUACUAUAAAUAAAGGCAUGUGCCUAGUUUUGAUA